AUGAGUUUAUUAGUUGUUUCAGGUGCAAAUAAGGUUGGUUAGGGUAUCAUCCGUGGAUUACACAGUUCCGGUAAAUAUGAAAAGAUUGUUGUUGCAGACGUAUUCCCUAAAUACUACUAUCUCGAACGCUAUUUGCGUUUUAAGGAUACCUUAACCCAAAAUAAGACCAAGCUUGAAGAAGUUAAAUUGACUGACAAGACCGAUUUAGAGUCUGCCAUCAAGAAAGCCAGUCACGUAGUUUAUGUUACCCACGAUUAUUACUACAAUGUUCCAAGCAAGUUAAAUUUGAUCAAGCAUACCGCUACUCUAAGUAGAUCUGCCGGAGUUAAGAGAUUAGUCAAUGUCACUCCUGUAGAAAACGAUCAUUAUGGCGAGUCUCAAGCCGUUCUUGCAGCUACUUAAUCAGAAAACGAAGCCAGAGUAGCAUUCCCUGGAUUAGUUGAACUUAAAACUGAUUUGACUUUUGGUUAAGAUUCCACUGUUGUUUCUGAAUUACUUACCCGUCUUGCUUACGGAAAAUCUAUUUACUUUAAGCCUUCAGCUCAUCGUAUUUCUCCUGUUCACACUUUGAAUGUAGCUGAAGCUACCCAAAGAAUUUUGGAAAAUAAUUCUCUCUAAAACCUCAGAUAUGUCGCUAGAGGUACUGAAUCUUUCGACUGGAAUACCAUUAUCAGCACCCUUGCCGCUGCUAUCGGUAAAAAUGCUAAUCUUAACUAAAACCCUCUUGAAAAUAUAAUCUCACCUCUUUCUGAUAACAUUGUCAGCUAAACUGUUCACCACCACCACUACCUCAACUUGACUCGUUUCAUCAAUCAAUAUUAGGAACCUAAGCAAACUGAACACCACGAAUUAACUAAUCUUGGUGUUAAUAACCUUGUUAAAUUCUCAGAAUUCUAUAAACCUAAUUCUGUUUCUACUUAAGAUUACUAGAUCAAGACUGGUCUUUCUCACUGGGCUCACUGCUUGUGA